UUUUACCUAGCUAUAUAUCUGAUAUUUUACCUAGUUAUAUAUCUGAUAUUUAACCCAUCUCAAUAUCUGAUAGUUUACUUAGUUACAUAUUUGAUAUUUUACCUAGCUAUAUAUCUGAUAUUUUACCUAGUUAAAUAUCUGAUAUCUUACCGUGUUAUAUAUCUGAUAUUUUACCUAGUUAUAUAUCUGAUAUUUUACCUAGUUAUAUAUCUGAUAUUUUACCUAGUUAUAUGUCUGAUAUUUUACCUUGUUAUAUGUCUGAUAUUUUACCUUGUUAUAUAUCUGAUAUUUUACCUAGUUAUAUAUCUGAUAUCUUACCUAGUUAUAUAUCUGAUAUUUUAUCUAGUUAUAUGUCCGAUAUUUUACCUAGUUAUAUGUCUGAUAUUUUACCUUGUUAUAUAUCUGAUAUUUUACCUAGUUAUAUGUCUGAUAUUUUAUCUAGUUAUAUAUCUGAUAUCUUACCUUGUUAUAUAUGUGAUAUUUUACCUAGUUAUAUAUCUGAUAUUUUAUCUAGUUAUAUAUCUGAUAUUUUAUCUAGUUAUAUGUCCGAUAUUUUACCUAGUUAUAUGUCUGAUAUUUUACCUUGUUAUAUAUCUGAUAUCUUACCAGCUAUAUAUCUGA